AUGGUCGGUCCACCCGUCAGCACCCGCGAUCGCCUUCGUCACCAGCACGUCCCGCUGAUCUCGCCUCCGGACGAGGACAUAGUCCAGCAGGUGCCACUGGCGCGACCUAGGAUGCCUCCAGGUGGCCUUCUCUCGCUCCGGCAGACAGAAGGUGUUCGUCAGGAUGAGGCGGUGUUCUGCGCAGGUGCGGAGCAGCAGCAGACCAUUGUCGUUUGA